AUGCGCCCGACCAUCCAUGCGCGCAGCUCCCUGCUCUCUUUCAAGCGGCCAUCGUACAGCCUGCCGAUAUGUUGGACCUUUCCGCAGAGACGACACCGAUCGACUGAAGCAACAUCGACUCCCGAACCCGUCCAACCCUCCUUGAACCCGCGAUGGUUGUCGGAUGUGAGGCUGCGAGUAGGCACGUGCCUGAUGCACGGCGUACAGCCGGAGCAAGUCAAGGAAGCGGGGGAGAUAUUGCAAGAGGUAGCGCGGGAUUGGCGAGAGCUGUUGCUGGGGAGCGAGGGCUAUCUCACGGGGCCGACGAGGCGGGGCUUGUACAGACAAAGAGUCGUGUGGGGUGAAGAAGACUCGAUGGGACACGUCAACAACGUGCAGUACAAUCGAUAUGCAGAGAGCGGACGGAUCGAAUGGGCGCAGAAGUAUGGCAAGUUUAUCGAUCCGGCGAAUGCGAAAGAUUGGUAUGGGUUGAUGAGGCCGACCAAGACGGGCUUGAUUUUGCGGAAAAUCACGACUGACUUCAAAUUCCCGAUGAAAUACCCCGAUCGGAUAUCGGUCUAUCACAAACUGGGGAAUGAGCCGACGGAAACAAUGGAGGCGUUUCACUUCGACGCGGUGAUUGUUUCUGAACUACACCAGCGGCCGGCCGCACGGGUGGUGGAGGAUUGCGUGUUGUACGAUUACUCGAAGGGGAAGAAGACCACGCUGCCGCCGUUGAUGCUUGCGGUGCUACAAGAAACCUGGCGGCUGCAGGAAGAAGCGAGGCGGACGAAUAGUGAACGAGUACACGGUCUACUCGAUCGUGUGCGGAAGCUGGAACGGGAAUCAUGGGAUAGAGGAGGCUCUCGAUAG